AUGAGUUUUCAGACUCAGGGUACCCACGCCACUUUACCAGAUACUGGUAUUGGCCCUGACGACGACGUCGUUUCAGUAGUCUCUCGACAUGGAAUUGACGACACCCAUGCUCAUCGAGCAAAGUCGGUGGCGCCCGGUGUACCGGUGGAGGCCAACGAGAAAUUGGUUCUCGAAGUGAAGGGUCUUCAAGAGUCCUUGGGUAAGUCUCAGUGCAUGCUGGAUGCGAUGCAAAGCCGCCUUCAGGCGAUGGAGCAAGCUCAAACUCGGAGCGAGGCUCAGUUGGACUUGCAGAUCGUCUACAGCAAUCCGGGGCAGUGCCCUUGUCGUCGGCGAAAGCGCUUCCAAGUUCACAUGGGAAGGAUCCCGGUACGGCUUAAGUAA